CACUUCUUGUCUGCAACAAAUAAAAGGGUACAUGUAAAUCAGCGUGAUUAACUUCAACCAGACAUCCUAUCUGAAUUCACCUACCACUUCUACAAAAUAGAGAUGGAUUUGCAAUUACUGUCGCAGAAGUCCGUUUGCCAGAGCGCCAUGGGAAGGGGUCGUAGAAGAAACUUUUGCACCUCUUCGAAGUCUCCUGAGACGUCCUCCGACAUCGAGACGAGGGUCCUGGUCAUAAACACCGGCGGAACCAUCGGGAUGGUCUUGCAUAACGGCGUUCUGUCUCCAGAACCUAAUGCUCUUGUCAAAACUCUGCGCAAACUACCCAUUCUGCAUGAUGAGCAGUACGCACAACAGACAAAGCUGUACGAAAGCUACAAGCCUGAGGAUAAAACACUGGUGCUGCCACAAUCUAAACUGAACAAGAGGGUUGUGUAUACAUUUUUAGAGUACUCUCCCCUGCUCGACUCGAGCAACAUGACCCCGAAUGACUGGAGCACUAUUGGAAAAGACAUUGAGAAAUAUUAUGAGCAAUAUGAUGGUUUUGUGAUCCUGCACGGCACAGACACAAUGGCUUACACCGUCUCUGCCUUGUCCUUCAUGUGUGAGAACCUGGGAAAGCCUGUCAUCCUCACCGGCUCACAGGUGCCUAUCUUUGAGAUGAGGAGUGAUGGAAGGGACAACCUCUUGGGGGCGCUUUUGAUUGCAGGACAGUUUGUCAUCCCUGAGGUUUGCCUGUAUUUUUAUCAUAGGCUCUACCGGGGAAAUCGUGUCACCAAAGUGGACUCUGGAAGCUUUAAAGCAUUUGCUUCACCAAACCUGCCGCCAUUAGCCAAUGCUGAAGUCGACAUCGAGAUCGACUGGGACACUGUGUGGCGACCCAGCACAACUGAGAAAUUCACUGUCUACACACAAAUGAACCACAAUGUGGGUCUCCUGAGACUCUUCCCGGGGAUCACUACCGAUACAGUGAAAGCCUUCUUGAAAGCUCCCAUUGAGGGUGUGAUUUUGGAGACCUACGGCAGCGGUAACGCUCCUGAUAACCGCCAAGACCUGCUGGAUGAGAUCCGUAAAGCGACCCAGAGAGGAGUCAUCAUAGUCAACUGCACCCAGUGCCUCAGGGGCUCGGUCACAAUAUCAUACGCCACUGGCCAGGCUCUGAGUAACGCUGGAGUUGUCGCUGGGUUUGACAUGACUCCAGAAGCUGCUCUUUCAAAACUCUCCCAUGUGCUGGCAAAACAAGAUCUCACUACAGAAGAGAAGAAAAAGAUGAUGAGUCGCAAUCUGCGUGGGGAGAUGGUGGCUGACUUACAGGGGGCAAAGAUUUCUCUCAGCGACAGUCGCUUUAUUCAGAUUAUAGCCAAGACCCUCAGCAUUGGCUGUAAAGAGGAGCUUGAAGCCAUAAGAGAUGCACUAAUGCCCACUCUGGCAUGUUCUGCUGCUAAGAACGGAGACACUGAGACUUUAGAGGCCAUAAGGAAAAUGGGAACUGACUUGAAUAAGGCAGAUUAUGAUGGCCGCACUCCUCUUCACAUUGCUGCAUGUGAAGGGCAUCUGAAUGUGGUGGAGUAUCUGCUGAGUAAACGGGCCACCGUCUAUAGCAAAGAUCGCUUUGGUGAUACUCCCCUUCACAAUGCCAUUCACCUCAGACAUAAGGGUGUCGUGGAGCUGCUGAGGAAGUCUGGAGCUCACGUCUCCUCUGAUGAAUUAAAGGAUGCUGGAACGGAGCUGUGCCGUCUUGCUGCUAGUGGUGACUUGGAGGGACUGAGGAUUUGGAAGUUAGCUGGGGUUGACAUGGCCAUGUCUGGUUAUGAUGGGAAGACGCCUCUUGAAGUGGCAGGAGCCAUUGAACAUACAGAGGUUGUGAACUUCCUAAAGGUUGCUUAGAGCCAAAUGCAGGUAUGGAACAUUUAUUUUAGAAGCUCAUCAAGAUUACUGCGUCCAUCAAGAUCCUGAGGAGGCUAAUUGUCAUUUCUUGCUACUAUCAUCUGCCACUCAUUUUUAGCAAUAGGAGCUUUAACGACAGUCCGUCAUGCUUUAACAAUAGAUUAAAUUAGAUUAAAAUGCAUUGUUGUGUUCAUAGUAAAGGAAUCAUAAUCAUUUCAAGUAAUUGCAGAUACUUUUUCAGUACAGGAUACUGCUGAUUUCUAAAUGAUUUGAAAAUCUUUUUGGGGACAAUGAUCGUUUCGGGGAUAGUGGGAUGAUUACAUUUACAUUUAAAGCAAAAAAUAUUAUCCAAAUGUACUGCAUUGAUCGUUUUUUCUGUCUAUCGCAUUCUGAUUAAAUGUGUUGCUUUUAUGAAUAUACGUUUAGAAAAUUUAGAAAUGCUUUUAUCGAAAAACUAACAUUUUCACAUUUCUUACUGUUAACCCAUAUAGAACAAUAGUGAAUAGGCAUGCUCCCAAGGAAAUGUUGUAAUCAAAUUCUUCGUGGACCAGUUUUAAAUCGCAUCAAUAAAAUUCUCUUUAAAGACA